CUCGACAAGAUACCCAGGUACCUUCCUCGAGAUCGCAAUUUCAACUUCUUCUAAAUUACAACAUCGUUUUCGACUUGCGACAACAACCGGAAUCAUGGGCAUCCUCCAAUCCACGAUGAACCACGAGUCGAUCCCAGAAAGUGCCCAAAGCACAAUCUCAGAUACGCGCGUACAAGACCAACAACAAUCAGCGGAGCCCAAUACGGAUCAAUAUCCAGAUAUUCGUAUUGCACUGACGAGUUUCACCCUCUUCCCGAAGCUUCCCAUUGAACUCAGAUUCUUGAUCUGGAAGCUUGCGCAUGACGAGCCACGAGUUCUUAAUAUUUCCAAGAGUGACAGGGCCAGAGAGCCUUUUUCUCCAUCUACUUAUCGAGUACGUCCGAUGUCGAGUCCUCCACCGCUGCUUCACACGAAUAGAGAGGCAAGAAAGAUUGGCUUGGAGCUCCGACAGCUGUGUUUUAAGUCCAUGUUAAACAACAAGCCAAUGUACUACAGCUUUGCAAAAGACUCACUGCUGCUGGACGGUGUCGAAACUUGUUACUGCUUCACCCACCAUUACUUCAACUGCAGUCCACUGCGCGGAUUACGUCACCUCGCCAAAGCCAAUGACGAGUACGGAAACCUCCCUGGCUCGGUGCAAACCGUCAUCUACAGACCCCGAGGUGCUUCUUUACGAGCGCUACGAGAUUUUCACAGUGUUGAAAGACUCGUGGUGUGCCGGGAUGACUCCUGGCCGGCGGAAAGGUAUCAAAGGAUCGUUCUCAAGAACCUCUCCAAGUGGUGGCGAGCAAAACUGGGGUCAGCUUUCAUUCUACCAAAGAUCAGUGUACUGUCCCGGGCCGAGAUGGACAGAGUGACGAACAAUCACCAGAUAGACGAACAGCUAAUACAAGAAAGAUUAGUCCCAAACUACUGAUGCAGAUUUCUCAAAAGAUACAUUCGCUCUCAUCGCUUCUAUGGUUCGACGAUCAACGCCUUCCGUGACAUUUCUAAACCACACUCGGCUGAGAAUACUUAGUGCAGAAAGUGGGAAGUGUGAUGUGGGAAAUGGGAAGUCAGAGCAGGGAAGGACGCACUGGCAACAAAAAGUUUGGCGUGUUGUGCAAACUAGCUGCUACCAAAUCGAUCC